AUGCAAGCCUAAUCAAAACCAAAUCUAGGAACUUAAAGACCUUAAAUAACUAAGAAAAAAAAUGAAGUAGAAGAAUUACAAGAUGACUUAUUAAACAAUAACAUAAAUAUUAAAAAAGAAGCCAUAAGAAAGAUUAUCGAUGCCAUGACCAGAGGAAAAGACGUAUCAAUGUUAUUUACUCAUGUAAUAAGAAACAUGAUGACCGAUAAUAUGGAAUUAAAGAAAUUGAUAUAUUUAUAUAUCAUAAACUAUGCAAAAUCAAAACCAGAUUUAGCCAUUUUAGCAGUCAAUUCAUUCAGAAGUGAUGCCACAAAUUAAUAAAAUCCUUUAUUAAGAAGUUUGGCAGUAAGAACAAUGGGAUGUAUACGUAUAAAAUCAGUAGUAGAAUAUUUACUUGAUCCCUUAAAAAAAGCUAUAAAAGAUGAAGAUUCUUAUGUCCGUAAAACAGCUGCGAUUUGUAUUGCUAAAUUAUUUGAAACGCAUCCUGAUAUAAUGGAAGAAUAAGGAUUUUUGGUUUAAUUAUAAAAUCUUCUAAAUGACGGAAAUGCAAUGGUCGUUUCUAACGCUGUAUGUGCUUUAAUGUCUAUCCAAGAAAUUAAAGGAGAAAAUCUUUUAUAAUUAGAUAGAUAUAAAGUUUAAAAAUUAAGAACAGCAAUGAACGAGUGUAAUGAAUGGGGAAUUAUAUAUAUUUUAGAUGCUAUUUCUGUAUAUUAGCCUACAGAUUCUAAAGAAACAUAAGAUAUUUUAGAAAGAAUUGUACCUUUGUUAUAACAUUGCAAUCCUGGUGUAAUAUUAAGCGCAGUCAAAGUAAUAAUGAAAUAUUUGGAUUUCAUAACUGACCCAGAAUUAAUUAUUAAUUAUUGUAAAAAGUUAACUUCUCCAUUAAUAAGUUUACUAAAUUAAGAAUCUGAAGUUAUAUAUGUAGCUUUAAAAAAUAUUAAUUUGAUUUUGUAAAAAAGACCUAUGAUUAUUGAAAAAGAAAUAAAAUAUUUCUUUUGUAAUUUUAAUGAUCCUAUUUAUAUAAAAACUAUGAAAAUCGAAAUUCUUAUCCGACUUGCUAAUUUAGAUAAUAUUCACUAAAUAUUAUCUUAAUUAAAAGAACAUACAACAGAAGUUGACAUUGAAAUAGCAAAAAAAUCAAUAAGAUCUAUUGGAAGAUGUGCAAUUAAAUUAGAAAAAGCAGCUCCUAAAUGUGUUUAAGUAUUAAGAGAGUGCCUUCAAUCAAAAAACGAAUACGUAAUGUAAGAAACAAUUAUAGUAAUAAGAGAUAUCUUUAGAAAAUAUCCAAAAGAUUACGAAGGCAUACUUAAAGAAAUAUGUGAAAAUCUAACAACUUUAGAUAAUCCUGAAGCUAAAGCCGCUAUGAUUUGGAUUAUAGGAGAAUAUGUAACUACUAUAGAAAAUUCAGAUGAAUUAUUAACUAAUUUUGCUGAAUCUUUUUUAGAAGAACCAGCUAUUGUAUAACAUUAAAUAUUAACAAGUUGCAUUAAACUUUUCCUUAUGAGACAUUAAGAAGGAUAUUAGUUGAUUUAAAAAUUAUUAUAAUAAGCUACUAAUAAUUGCGAAAAUCCCGAUUUGAGGGAUAGAGGGUAUAUUUAUUGGAGACUUUUAGGACAAGAUCCUUAAUUGGCAAAGGAAAUAGUUUAUAGCGAAAGACCGGAAAUUUCGGAUAGUACAUAUAUUUUAGAAACUGAAUUAUUAGAUAAAUUAAUAGAAAAUAUCGGAACUUUAAGUUCUGUAUAUUAUAAACCUCCUUAAUAGUUUGUAAAACAUUUAAGAGAUAUUAUAAAUUAGAAAGAAUUAGAAGAAAAUGAUGAAGAUGCUGCUGAUGAACUUUUAAAUCCGACUGAAAAAGAUGUUGAUAAUGAAUAUUAUGGAGGUGAUGCAUAAAUUACAAACAAUUAAGCUUAAAAUGUAUAAAAUACGAAUAAUUUAGGAGAUUUACUUGAUGAUGAUCUUCCAGUGAAUAAUUAUUAAUAAUAACCUCCUUAAUAUAUGCAAUAGAAUAUGCUUUAAAAUAAUAAUAAUAAUAAUAAUGUUAAUUUAAUUGAUGAUGAUGAUGAUUUACUAGGAGGUAAUUUACCUUAAUAAUAACCUACUUAGUAAUAAUAGCAAUAUUAAUAACCUAUGUAAUAAUAAGUCAAUAAUUUAAUUGAUGAUGAUGAUUUAUUAGGACCUGGUCCUUCUUCUUAAUAAUAAUAAUAACCAAUAUAAUAAUAAUAUUAAGCAUCAGCUUCUAGAAAUAUUAAAAUUCCGUUAAGUGAAUGUAUAAAUGAAAAUAAAUUUUCUUAAUAAGGAAAAGUAAAUGGACUUAAUAUUGCAGCUGCUUUUUAAAGAGAAAAUGAUAGAAUAUAUUUAGAAUUAUAAGUAAUAAAUAAAUUUGGAUAAAAUACUUUCACUAAUUUUGCUAUUAAAUUUGGACCUAACAAGUUUAAGCUUUUAAAUUCUAUUAUUGAUUUACCUCAAUUAAAUAAUGUAAAUAUUUUUAAAAAAAAUAUAUAUAUGUAUAUAUAUAUAUAGCUUCAUUCUGGAUAAACACUAAAUACUAAUAUUGAUGUUAAUUGUACAGGAUAAAUUGAUUAAAAUCCAUUAACUAAUCCUUUUACAAUUAAUUGUUUGAUUAAUACAAAUUUCGAUGUUUAUGCUUUAACUAUUCCUUGUAGUUUGACUGUACUUAUGAUUCCAAAUGGAAAAGUACCAUUUUAAGUUUAUUAAUAAUAAGUCCAAAAAAUGGUUAGAAAAGCUGAUAAAAUAUAAAUUGCUAUUGAAAGAAAUAGCCUUAUUUAAAAAUUAGAAGAUAAUAAUAUUUAUAUGAUUAAUUCUUAAGUAAAUCCUUAAGGAGUUGUAAUAGAAGUAUCUUUGGCAAACUUUGGAUUCUUCCCAUAUGGACAUAAACUAUCAGGUAGAUUAUAACUAGCAGUAAACUUAUAAAACUGGGAUGAAAAUUAAACAGAAGAAGAUUAUAAAAAAUACAAAGAUUUAGAUAAUACAGCAUGUACUCAAAUAAGAUAAUUCAAUUAAAAAUAUUUCAACGAACAUGGAUACCCGAUAUUAGUUGCAGAUCGAGGAGACUGUACUUUUGUAACUAAAGGACUUUUAGCUUAAAAAUCUCACGCUAAAAUGCUUAUAAUUAUUGAUAAUUCAUUAACUGAGAGUUUAGAUGAUAUUAUUAUGAGUGAUGACUUAUCAGGUAAUUAAUUAGAUAUACCUGUAGUAUUAAUUACUAAUAAAAGUGGUAAAAUUUUAAAAGAUUUGUUUAAUAUAGGACAAGAAAUUUAAGUAUCUAUAAAUUUUAACAAACCUUAAGAAGAAGAUACAGCUGAAAUCUAAUAUUGGAUGCUUCCUACAGAUAAAAAAUCAUAUGAUUUUUUACUUACCUAAUAAUAAUUCAUAAAAGAUUUAUUAAUUUAAAAAAAAAUAGUAUUUGAACCUCAUUUUGUAUUUCUUUAUUGCGAUGAUAAUUGCAAAAAAUCUCCUGAUUACGUAGAUUAUUGUGUAUCUGAUGGUAAAUACUGCCACCCUGAUCCUGAUGAUAAAGGGCUUUUGAGAGGAAAGGAUUCUGUGCUUUAAGCUUUGUAGGAAUUAUGUGUGAGCAAAGUUGAACCUAUUUUAUAUUUCGAUUAUGCACUUGAGUUUUAUCUAUGUAUAGAAAAUAAAUCGAAUAAUAAAGACUGUAAUGAUAAAGCUUUAUAGAAAAUAGAAAAAGAUAAUGCUGAUGAUGUUGAUAAAGUAAAAUUUUUAGUUGAAAAAUGUUUAGAUGAAAGUUGGGCUACAGGAAAAUAUGCGGAUAAAUAAAAAGAUGAUAAUACAUUAUUGGAAAAGGAAUUAAAUCUUUAUAAAGUGUAAGGAUUAAGAUUUUUCCCCCAUUUGUUUGUAAAUGGAUAAUCAUUUAGAGGUGAUCUUUAUUCAAGAAAAGCUGCUUAAGAGUUUAUGUGUGAAGGUAUCCAUGGAGCUGAAAAUAUAGAAUUAUGUAAAGAGUAUAUGAAUGCAGAAGAUGAUGAAAAUGAUAAUAAAGAUUUACAAAGAGUUGACUAUGUAGGUUGA